GGGGACAGUUUAAAACAAACUUCUGUUCCUCUUCUACCCGCUAACUGGCUUGGAAAUUGUAAUAGCUACAUGACCGCUAACAUCUGAAGUGACAACGCAGGACAAGAAACAACAUCACCUUGCUGGCGAAAACAUGCACAAAUACCGUAUUUUGGAGAAACCCUUUUCCUGUGGGAGUAAAUGGGCUCAGAAAAUGAAGGAAUUCAUGCGGUUUGCAUGGGUUACUUACUCUAAACCUACUCCAGAUGACUGGAGAGAACUACUUGUCCUCUUUCUGUUAUGUUCCAGUAUAUGUGCAAUCAUUGGUGGACUAUUGUAUAAUUGGAUGUUUUCAUCUCUGAAAUAUGGAUCAUUGGCAUCCAAUAUAAUAACUUGCAUAUUCACGGGUGCCAUGUUUCUGCUUCUCUUCCUGGUCCAUCCUGUACGUUGCGUGUUCACAAUGGUGAUCCCCACAUUAGGUUCUAAGCAAGGUCGUGAUUUGCUCUUCUCCACGUGUUUCAUGCUCAGUGCCAUCAACAUAAUACCCAACUUUAUGGGCAAUAUCAAGAUGAUUCUUCAAGUGAUGCAGUGCAUUGCUCUGACCUCAGCGCAAAGCCUUGUGAACUCAACAAACUUUCUUAAGCAGAUUAAAUUAUCAAUGGAUAAAGAUAUAGCCUAUCUCUUUGAACAAAUCUCAAAGAGCAAUGUGGUUUCAAAGUCGAAAGCAGAAUGGCGUGUUAAUUCAGACAUCGAAAUGUUAGCAAUCAAGAAUCAUCUACAAGUUAUUGGCAAUGAAAUCCAAGGCAACCUUUCAACAAUUCAGGGCAUAUUUGAUGAGACCACUUUGAAUACCAACAGAGUAUUAGCUGGCUUUGUUUUCUUCUAUCUGUCUCUAACAUCAGCUUGGUAUCUCAAGGGCUAUCUGACAGAUCUGCAGUUCGACAAUGUCUAUAUAACUAGCAGGCUGGCUCAGCUUAUGCAGACAGACAAGGCGAAGCUUAUGCAACUUGGUCGGACUUCCAGUAAAAAGCUAAUCAAAUCCACAGGGUUGAAGAUGUCCCCGGAUGAGACAGCCAGAUGUGUGAAGCAAUUUGUGAUUUGUACAGUGUUCCUGGCCUUGUCUGCAAUUUUCAUUGCAGCAGAUUUCAUUGUCUUCAACCUGACCUCAAACAUCCUGCUUCAGAUUGCUGUUCUUCCACCUGUACCUAUCACGUUGGAGCUUACAUUUGUUGUAAAUAUGGUGAUUCCAUUAAUUACAUCCCGAUCUCUAAUAAACCGAAAACCACAAUUCCACUGGGAUUUCAUCUUUGUUUCUGAUGUUUGCACGUUCCACCCAUCUUACCCUAACAUCAAGGUCAUCUGUAUUGUCUGCCUGCUCCACACUAUUGCUUAUAUGACAGUGUUUUUGGAAACCUAUGCUUUACGUAUACGAAGGAAAAUUUCGGCAGCUUUCUUUGAACAGCGAGAAGUCGAAAGAAUCAACUAUUUGCACCAAAAAAUUUUGACAGAUUCAGAACAUCAAUUUGAAAACAAGACUGCUGUCUUCUCUGUGUCCGAACAAUGCAAUGUGACCUUUGAAUAGUAAUGCAAAAUAUGACUGCUGUCUGCUGGCUGGCUUAGAUUUUGAGAAUCAUAUUAAAAUAUCAGAGGAGUAGAAAUUAAAUUUAAACAUUUGGUGCGAAUACUAACACUGCUCUUAGGUUAAUGCUAGUUGGUGUCAGUACGAACACCCCAUAGUAUUGUACUGUGUUGAAACACUGUUACCUGUAGUACAGUGCAGAGCAUGGUACAGAAUUGGUACAGAAGAGUUGCACAUAUUAUAAAGUCUGACUUGGCGGUGUUGACAGCACUAAAUUAUAUAUGGAGGUGCUGUCACAAAAUUAUUCUAAUUGCACAAGAUGUAAAUCCUAAAAGCAGCCAAAUAAACUUACCACAAACAAAAUAUUCAGUUCAACUUGGACAAAAGAUUCCUUUUUCACUCCAUAAUACUGUAUUCACUACUAGUUGGACUGACCACAUGAAGAAUCGAAAGGUUUCUGAAGAGUCCUAGAAAUGGUCCCAUAGCACCAAGCUUUAUUUCUCCUUGCUAAUAAUCUACAAGAAACCACAUUACAUCACAGCAGAGACAUUCCAUCAGGCUCUCGAAAAUAAGCAGUUAACAAGAGAGCUGAUUGAGCUCGCUCCUUACAACAUUGAUAAUAUGAUGUCCAAAAUUUAUUUAAUUUUCCCAAUGAGACAACCAUAGAAUUUACUUGAGUCUCUCCACUGAUUCCUAAAGGCAACUAAGAGUAACAUGCAAUAAGUAACAAUAGAAUAACCACAAUUAUUCAAUGCUGAACUACUAUGGAUCUAUUAUUCAUUGCUUUACUGGUAUCACGCUUUGUUUUAAAAUGAGACUAAACUAUUUUAAUGUGUGUUGUAUCUUCAACAUUCAAAAAAAAUUCAGCAAAUGCUACAACUGUUUCUGUGCCGUUGUGUUUAGAUUAUGUAAAGUUUGAAACAACAAUGGAAACCUAAAGCUGGCUGACAAAAAGAAUUAGACAAUAUUCUUGCAUUGGGCAAAAGUGAGGACUGCAGAUGCUGGAAAGCAGAGUUUAGAUCAGAGUGGUGCUGGAAAAGCACAGCAGGU